AUGGUUGGUAGACCUCAAAUCCCCAGUCAUUUGAAGAACAAUAAUAAUACCAGACGUAUUCUGCUUCCAAUACAACCGCAGUUGCCUUAUUUGCAACUUAGUAAUGCCCAGAUGGAAAGAACAAGAGUCGUACCCACAUUAUCGACGUUUUAUGGAGGGAAUCCCAGACAUGAUGAUACGAUCGACACUUUGCAAGCAUUGAUCAGAAAAUACAUCAAUUUGCCCACUAGAAUCAUUGAUGAAAGUGAGUACAAGACCAGCAGAUUCAUAUCCUUUGAAGAUUACUCCAAAUUGAUGGAAUCAGGAACAAGGUUGAAGAUUGCUCAUUAUAAAGAAUUUGUCCUGUUAUUGAACAGAUUAAGAAGCAUAGACACUCAACUUUUACCUCGUGAUGUCAGUGAAACAUUGCAAAAGUAUACCGUUCGUACUGGUGAAGCAUCAACCACAGCUAAUAGUAUGAAAACUUUGGAUAAAUGGGGUAGAGCUAAGGCUGAAGCUAAAAGAAAGAGAUCACGUGCUGGUGUGCAUAUAGUGAAAGGUGACGGUCACGUGAUCGUCAAUGGUUUACAAUUUACCCAAUAUUUCACUAGAGAAAGUGAUCGUCGAAAGAUAGCUUACCCAUUCCAAGUGAUUGGACAAGAAGCUCAAUAUAAUGUGUUUGCUAGAACUAAUGGUGGUGGUGUCAGUGGCCAAGUUGAAGCCAUUAUGUAUGCGAUUUCCAAGGCUUUGGUUGUUUUCAAUCCAUUAUUAAAACCAAGAUUACAUAAAGCAGGAUUGUUAACCAGUGACACUAGAAAGGUUGAAAGAAAGAAGCCUGGUAAGGUUAAGGCUAGAAAAUCACCAACUUGGGUUAAACGUUAG